AUGAAACUGAAGCAAGGAUCGUUUCUGUGGUACCUCUAUCUGGAUAAACUAUAUUGCUUAUUAUCCGUGAGAAAUGUGAAGGCUUUGGUGGAGUAUUUUCACCUUCUUGAUGUGCACGGCAAGAAAACCUUGAAUGAUGUGCUAUUCUACCACUUCCUUCAUCACGUGACUGACCUGAAACGGAAGCAGAUCACAAUUGUGUUUAACAUGCUGGACUGGAAUGCUGUGGGCGAGAUUGGUUUUGACCAGUUCUACAUGCUGGUUUGCAUACUGCUGGCACAGGAGAACCAUUUGGAAGAGCAAUUUAUUUUCCGCCAUUCCCGGCCUGUUUUUGAGCUGCUUGACCUGGAUGGGGAGAUGAAAAUUGGCCCAUCCAACUUCCACAUGUACAACUUUCUCUUCAAUAUUAAAAAACAGCAACUCAGAGACCUAUACCAUGACUCUGACAUCACAGGUGACUAUCGUCUUAAUUACAAGGAAUUUAAGCUGUUUACUAUCUUAUCCAUGGACAAAUACCAGGAGAGUCAGAAAGCAGUGAAAGAGGAGAAAGAAAGCUCUGCCCGAAAAGAACGUGUCACAAGUUAA